GAACUUCCUUCAAGGUGGCUCCUCCUAAGUUAUGGGUCGUUUCUUUCUCCCGACCGCGACAUAUCAAGGAUUGACAAUCACUACGCAAAUUAACAACAAGAAAAUUAUGAGUUAGACACCAAUUAAUCGCAUCACAAAGAGCUUAUUAUGAGUUAGACACCAAUAAAUCGCAUCAGAAAAAACUAAAAGCUCGAUAAUGAAAAUGUCAUUCCAUAUGAAGCCAAGACCAAAACUAAAAAGUACCUUCAAAACUGACGAAACCUAUACUACCAUCCAUCAUGAUUGACCGCAGCUAGGGAUGGCAACAAAACCCGAACCCACGAGUACUCACCCGACCCAAUCCGGUCAACGCGAGUAAAAUCCGUGUUGACGGAUUUUGGGUCGGUUUUGGGUUUAAACCCGUUCACUAUUCAUUGGGUUGGGUUGGGUUUGGGUUUAGGUAAACCCGACCCAUGGGUACCAGCCCACACCCAUAUAAUUCAUUUUCUCGGUAUAUUUAAUAUUCAAAACAACUAGUCUUAUUUAUGUAGAAUGAAGUUGAUGUUAUCGAGUGGAGAGUGAAUAAAAAAUUAAUUGAAAGGAAGAAGUUUUUUAAUCAUGUUAUUUAUGGAUAAUUUGUGAUUUGCUUCAAUUUUCUUGAGUUUUCUAGAUUGGUGUUGAACAAUUUGUAUAAUUAAUUUGUGAUUUGCUUGAAUUUCUAGAAUGGUGUUUUAUAUAUGGAUAAUUUGUAUUGAGAGAUUAAUAUUUGACUUUAAUUUUGAUAAGAACUUGUUAUUGUAAAUUUUUUACGACAAAAACCCGUGGGUACUCAUGAACCCGCGGAUACCCAGCGGGUUGGGUUUGAAUUUUUCAAAUCCGGUGGGUUUUAGCCCGGAUUUUUUUCAUGAAUAAACCCAUGGGUUUGGUUUUGGGUUUGGCAAAACCCUACCCGACCCGACCCAUUGCCAUCCUAACCGCAGCUCAUGUUACCCAACAAACAAUUGGGCUUCUUUGUUUGACAGCCCAACCCAUCAAUAGAAGCGGCCCAGAAACUUUUAAAGCAAAACACGAAAAAUGGCAACCCUCUUUUCAGUUUUCACUUUUCACCAACAAAGUAAAAUUACAGAUUUCGAUCAGUAAAAAAUUAGGGAUUUAUCUUCCUUCCUUCUAUUUGCCUACUUCCAUGUCGGCCGAUAACAGCACCUCCUCCGCUUCCGGUCGGCUGCCAAGCUCACGUUUUGUGCCUUGCAGCUCCGGGAAACGAUGCCGGAUCCCUUCGACAGAGCCAAACGCUCCUCCGAAGAUCCGUACGCUCGGGGACGAUCUCCUCGUCGAAAUUCUGACUCGCCUACCGAACCCUAGAUACUCCUGCCGAUGCAAAGCCGUCUGCAAGGGAUGGAGGUCCCUCAUCUCCAGUCCCCGCUUCAACCGCCGUUUCAUUUCUCACCACCGGAGCAGGAACCAACAACCUCCCCUGCUUCUCAGCUCAGACGACUCCCAAUCGAUCAUCGAGAGCUUUCUACCACGCAUGAGUUUUGUUGCCCAAAUCAGUUUCUUGGUUCUGGAUUCCUACAAGGACUUGGUUUUGUGCGGGUUUUACAGUAACAACAGUAGCGAUUGGUACAGAUUGUACUUCAUCUGCAAUCCGUUCACGAAGCAAUGGGCCGCACUUCCUUUAGCGCCUGAAUUGGCAGCUAAUUGUCGUCCAGUGUGUACAAGGUUAGUCUGUGAAUCCCGCAUUUCUAAUAAUCUCGAUCUAGGAGAUGACCAAGUCUUUGUUUAUUCUUCGGAGUAUCGGUUCCGCGUGGUGUUUGUGUACAAAGAAGACCCAUUCUCCUUAAAACUGAACGUGUUUUGUUCGGAGUCUCGGGAAUGGACGAAGGAAGCUCUUGUUAUCGAUGAUAGAUUUGGACGCUCGUCAAACGACAUGCUUUCUUGCAACGGGGAGUUGUUUUGGCUUGAUCUUGUCCAGGAUCCAGGUCCUAUCCCUUUGUUGAAGCUUGUAGUUUUUGCUUUCGAUCCUUUCCGUCCCGAUAUACCUCCCUCUGCCAUUGAUGCUCCAUCAGGUGGUGUGAAACUGGACCUGCAUAUGUCCGUCUCACAAGGUGCUAUGCACAUAUUCUUACGGGAAAAGAAUCCUGAACUGGGUCUUUCACCAUUUGCCUUGACUGUUUGGAGGCUGGAAGAAGACCGCAAAACUUGGAGGAAACUAUGUGCAGGGUUGGUGAAGGGAUCAAGGUCACAUGAAAAUGAUUCUUGUGGUCCACCUACCCUCCAUCCAGGGAAGCCGGAAGUUGUCUUCUUCACUCGUUGCUGCAAUAGUUCCUAUCCUCCCCAAUUCCCCCCACCCCGUAAGAUGAAGACGCACGAUGUGCUGUCCUGCAAUUUGAAGACGGGUGGAGAGCUGGAGUUGUUUGCUGGUGUUCACAAUUACCCAGGAUUUUGGAGACUUUUCCAGGCUGAGUUCUCCUGCUGGCCGACUUCAAUACCAAAGUACGAGGAAUUGCGAGUUGCAUAUGAUGGAAGCCGCAGCUGCUGGGCUCAGAACGAUAACAAGCCAGUAACACCUCCCUGAAUAGCUGGUAAUUGCUUCCGAUUGUCAGUCCCUGCUAGGGUUAGUUAUGCACUGGUGGAAAUGAAAGUGACUGGGCAUGCAUUAGUAAUAAUAAUGAGAGAGUAGGAAAGUAAGGGGAAAUUUUUCCUUAUUCCCCUUGCAGGAUUAUAGGAGACAUAUCGAGCCUGCUCACUAAAUAACUGUUUCCUCGCACUUAAACAUAUUAAGCAGCUCACUGAUGCGUUGCUUCUAUCUAAUUGCUCGAGAAUUUUGUUCUGUUUUGCAACCUCUUUGGUCUUUUACUAUAAACUUGUCCUGAAUGUAGUUAGCCAUGUCUAGAUAGCCACAUAGAGAGACGUCGUAAUGUAUUCUUAUUUCAUUUUGUUUGAAAUGAGAUUUUCCGACUGUUUAAUCCGUAUGUUUCACUGCAAUCGAUCAUUGCAUCUGCAAUGAAAAUCUGGCACUGGAAUGCACGCUGACAAAUUCAUGGCUUGUGUAUUGAAAGUGGAACGCACUUGUGGCGACGGCAAAUUAAGCAGGUAGUAGUCAUUUGUUGGGUCUGUUGUGUGAUAUGAUAAAUUGAUAUGUAGGGUUUCCUGCAUUACACGCCUGCUGUAGCCUCAGGGAUUAAAGCUGCAGAUGAUGAACUUUGAUUGAUGGCCAGCCUGAUCAUAAGGAUUUGCUUCUUGUUCUUUGAUACAAGCCCUCCAUGUUUUGCCUUAAUGCUCCCUUACCUGCACCUCAGAUACUGUCGUGCUAAGUCGAUAACUUUGUCGAAUUAUAUGUACAGAUCUAGACUACUCGACCUCUGCCCGAGAUUCUACGAUUCUUGGUAACUAAUUUUGGAACUUCACUUGCUUUAUUGAGUGAAUCAUGUAUACUUGUCCAAAUGUAUAAUCGUGAUUCCGUCUUGAUUCUUGAGGCAUGGCUAUUAUGUAGUGUCCUUUGGUAUUUCGUUUUGGAAGGCCAUUGUAUCGUCAUUUCGACGUAAAAAUAAGUGGAAGAUUAAGCAAUGAACUUUUGGGGAAAACUCAUUCUCAACUUUUUAGUUUGGACGUGAAUUGGACACGGAUCAAUGGAUACCCAAAAGAAGAAAAUGAUAUUUGCUACGCCGCUCUUUCUCGAUCUCGCUCAAAACGAAGCACACGAAGACUCUGUCCAAAAUCAUUGAAAGUGCAUUUGGGUCUAACCCAAUAUCCAUAUGAGUCGUGACAAUUGGGUCAAAUUAUCUAACCGACGUCUCAUUGUCGGACAUUUCUUUCAUUCUUGUAAUAUUGCAUCUUCAAUAAUUCCUUCCACUUUUA